AGCGAUUUUAUGUUUUGAUAAUUCAAUUGAAAUAAAUCCUUAAAUGGAUGAAGCUUAAAUGAAGAAAGGUAUUUUACAUCCAUCUUUCUAGGCAAUGCAUUAUACAUGAUGUAAAGAUAUGAAGAAGCUAUUGUAUGUUAUGAUAAAUAGAUUGAGAUAAAUCCUUAAAGGGAAUUAGCUUAUUAUAACAAAGGUAAAAUAGCUUUUCCUUUCAUUUUUUUAGGAAAUGCAUUAAUAAAUGUAAAACGAUAUGAAGAAACAAUUGAAUGCUAUAAUAAAUUAAUUGAAAUAAAUCCUAGAAAUGAAGAAGUUUAUUAUAUCAAAGGUAAAAAAGUUUUUUAUAUUUUUUUAUAGGUUUAGCAUUACGACAUAUAGAACGAUAUGAAGAAGCUAUUAAAUGUUAUGAAAAAUCAAUUUAAUUAAAAAAAGAAGAAGCUUAUUUAAACUUAGGUAAAAAAUUUUUAAUUCCUCUUUUCUAGGUAAUGCGUUAUGCACGAUAGAAAGAUAUGAGGAAGCAAUUGUAUAUUACGAUAAAACUAUUGAACUUAAUCCUAAUACGGAACAUGCUAAAAUUAAGAAAUGUAAUUCUUAAUUUCUAUUUCAAUUUUUAGAGUAAGCACUAAGUAUGCUGGAUCAUUAAUAAAAAACCUAAAAGCAAAUAGAUUAAUUUAUAAUGCUAAAAUGAUGCUGAAAUAUUUUUAAAAAGUGU